GUGAAGUGUCAUGUGUCAUUAAAUUCAUAUCAAUAAAAGAAACAUGUAUACGUAUUAAUUAAAUGUUUAUUUUCCUGUAAAAUUCAGUAAUGACGGCUUCAACUCAACUAUAAAACAUGAUUCGAAGAAAAAAGAAGUGGAAAUCGGAAAAUUGAUAGCCAGUAUAAUGAAAACUCUUCACUUUCUUUUGACCAGCAUAUUGUUAUGUUCACGCCUUUAUUAUUCAUUAUCUCAAGAUCAGAACGAUGUACAGAUUACUGAUUCAUCCGAGGGUAUUUUGGAAUCACCCCUGUGCUGUAACUUAACAGUAGAAGAGGUCGAAGUAGAUUAUAGUUCUAAAAUAGUUGAAAAUGAAUAUAUCGUUAUGUUUAAUGGCUAUUACAAAAAUCAAGCACGAGCUGGUUAUAUAAACACAGCCUUAAAUGGAACUGGUGUUAAAAAAUGGUCCAUUGUAGCGAGGGAAAACCCAGCUAGUGAUUAUCCUAGUGAUUUUGAUGUAGUUAUCCUUGAAGAUACUAAUAAACUAGAGGGUUUAAAUGCUUUAAACGAUCAUCCCGCUAUUAAGAGAGUUACUGCACAACGUAUGGUUUCAAGAACCCUAAAAUUUUUAAAUCCUAAUGUCAGGCAUAGUGGCACAAACACAAAUUCAAGGAAUCAGGCAAAUAACAGACAUCAUAAUUCUAGAAGGCUUUUAAGGGCGAUUCCAAAACAAAUUACAUCAGUUUUACAAGCUGAUUCCUUGUGGAACAUGGGUAUAACUGGAAAAGGAGUUAGAGUGGCAAUUUUUGAUACUGGCCUGGCUAAAAACCAUCCCCAUUUUAAGAAAAUCAAAGAAAGAACAAACUGGACAAACGAGAAAACUUACGAUGAUGGAAUAGGUCAUGGUACGUUUGUAGCAGGUGUUAUAGCAUCGAGCAAAGAGUGUCUUGGCUUUGCACCUGACUCAGAGCUUCAUAUUUUUAGAGUGUUUACAAAUAACCAAGUGUCAUAUACAUCCUGGUUUUUGGAUGCAUUUAAUUAUGCAAUCUUAAAGAAAAUUAACGUACUUAAUCUUAGCAUAGGAGGUCCAGACUUUAAGGACCAUCCCUUUGUUGAUAAAGUUUGGGAGUUAACAGCAAACAAGGUUAUCAUGGUAUCCGCAAUAGGUAAUGAUGGGCCACUGUACGGUACACUAAACAACCCAGCAGACCAAAUGGAUGUCAUUGGUGUAGGGGGCAUCAAUUUUGAAGAUCAGAUCGCAAAGUUCUCCUCUAGAGGCAUGACAACUUGGGAACUACCACAAGGUUAUGGAAGGGUGAAACCUGACAUAGUGACAUACGGGUCAACUGUCAAAGGGUCACACAUGAAGACUGGCUGUAGAACACUGUCAGGAACCAGUGUUGCUUCACCUGUAGUUGCAGGCGCUAUAACAUUGUUAGCUAGCGGAGUGUUACAUAGGGGCGAGGAUAUUGUGAAUCCGGCCAGUAUGAAGCAGGCUUUGAUGGCUUCGGCUAGAAGGCUUCCAGGGGCCAACAUGUUUGAACAGGGUCACGGAAAAUUGAACUUGUUGAAAGCUCAUCAAGUUUUAAACAGUUACAAACCACAGGCUAGUUUAAGUCCAAGCUACAUAGAUCUAAGCGAAUGCCCCUAUAUGUGGCCCUACUGUACCCAACCCUUGUAUUAUGGUUCAAUGCCUGUCAUAGUGAACGUCACAAUUCUGAAUGGCAUGGGUGUGACAGGGAGGAUUGUAAAUAAACCAACUUGGCAUCCAUAUACACCACAGCAAGGUCAUCUUUUGGAUGUUUCAAUAUCAUAUUCGGAGAUAUUGUGGCCUUGGUCUGGCUGGGUGGCUGUAAGUUUAUCCGUGUCAUUGGAAGGCACGACGUAUGAGGGUUUAGCUCAAGGACAUAUCACUGUAACUGUGGAGUCACCACCAGAAAAUGGAGAAGUCGAGGAAAGACAAAGUACCGUCAUUUUACCCAUCAGGGCGAAAAUAAUACCUACACCCCCUAGACACAAACGAAUAUUGUGGGACCAAUACCAUAACCUAAGAUAUCCCCCGGGAUAUUUCCCUAGGGACAAUUUGAAGGUUAAGAACGAUCCUCUGGAUUGGAACGGCGAUCAUAUCCAUACAAAUUUUAAGGAUAUGUACCAAAACCUCAGAAACGCCGGUUAUUACAUAGAAGUAUUAGGUUCUCCGUUUAAUUGUUUCGACGCCUCGCAGUAUGGUACUCUUUUGAUCGUGGAUCCUGAAGAGGAGUAUUUUCCUGAAGAAAUCGUGAAAUUAAAGCGCGAUGUUGAAUCUGGGCUGUCGGUCAUUGUUUUUGCCGAUUGGUACAACGUUACUGUCAUGAAGAAAGUGAAAUUUUAUGAUGAGAAUACCAGGCAAUGGUGGAUGCCAGAUACAGGUGGAGCAAAUUUACCUGCUCUAAAUGAACUACUGGCAUCUUGGGGUAUACAGUUCGGUGAUAGAACUUUCUCAGAAAAGUUCAAAUGGAAUGAGCACGACAUGUUUUAUGCUUCUGGAACAAGUAUUCAUGAAUUUCCAGAAGAAGGAAUCCUGUUGAGCGCAGAAUUAGAAGACCAAGGAGCUCAGAUUUUGGGUGAAUCCGAUUCAAACAAGUACAAGGUGCCGAUCUUGGGGUUGUUACAAACCAAAUCGCCACGCGGCGGUGGUAGGGUUAUAGUAUACGGAGAUUCGAACUGUAUCGACACUAGCCAUUCGGAAAUUAGCUGUUAUUGGCUUUUGGAGGCUAUGCUGGAAUAUACGUCCACUGCGCACUUGCCAUCACUAUUUAAGGAUAACCAAAUGGAGAAUUGGUACGGCGUUGCCGACACGGAACUACCCGUUAGAAUGGAAGGCAACAGGCUGUACAGGUUCUCCAAAGUUUUAGACGGUAAUUUAGGGGAAGCCCAGACGAGACCUUUACCGCAAUGUCCGCAUUUAGUGUGGGCAAAUCCAGUACCAUUGAACCAAUCAGCACCCACAAAUUUGUACCAGUCUCAAAAGUUGUUGUCACUGAUCGAGGAUGAUGUGGUUCCGGUGGUGAACAACGCGGAAAAUACAAUUAAAGAUUAAACCUGUUACAGAUGCCUCUGGGAUCGAAAACGCUGGCGAAUUUAUAGAAUGGAGUUGGCGCGACAAACAGUCAGAAUCUAUGGCCAAACCCCAGAAUUUUGAUGCCACAAUCACAGUUUUGGUAGUGCUGUCACUUGUCGUCGUAUAUUAUUGCAUCAAAUGUUACAGGCCCAAACCGAAAAAACGGAAACUCUGCCGUAGACUGAUUUCUAUGGUUCAGUGCCGAAAGAUAUCGGUUUAAAGGUAAACGGCCAGAGAAAUAAGUAAACAAGAGAUACGCCGUGAUAUACAGAAUUAAAGUAAGUGUAAUUUUUCGAAUGAUACAAAAUUUUGAUUUUUUUUUCGCGAAAAAAAACCUACUCACCCUGUAUAUGUUUUCCUAAUUUACGAAAAUUUUAAAUAAACAAAUAUUUGCUAUAAAACCAUUUGCUUGAAAAAUGAUCUCUUCGUAAAAUCCUCUUAAUUUAGAGUAAAAAAAUAAUAUUGAUACUUAAUUACUUAUGCUAAGAUUUGCACUGCGCGCCACUGGUAUGAGUAUAAUUUUAUUUCAGAGGCUCUAAAAUCGUUAAAAUACAGCAUAGCAUCCUAGCCUUGUAUAGUUUAAUUAUACAGGAUGAGUCUUAAAUAAGUGCAAAUAUUUUCAAGGGCUGGUAGAUCUGGAUAAAAGAAACAUUAUUUUUUCAUUACCGUUUUUUAAAUGAGUCCAAAAUAAGCGAGUUAUUUUACGUUGAAAAUUUA